GUUGACUGGGGAGUAGCCCACCACGUGAUGAAUACACACCUGUAGGCGCGCGUACUCAUGCGGCCGCGCGCUCACUGUGUUUGCGUUCGUUACUGCUGUCUUCAUCGGGAUCAGGCUGUUCAUCACACAAGUUGGAUUUCAGUAUGCCGAGCAAAAAACACAGGCCUUCUACGCACCAGUCAGGUGGUAGCAAACACCAUAGCAGCAGACACAGGCACAGUGAGCUGAUGUCCAACCCAGCCUUUUCCUACUACCCACGAGAGAAGAUGCUUCACUUCUAUAGUUGGACUUCACCACCUGGUGUGAUGAAGAUAAUGUGUAUUAUCAUCAUCAUCAUGUGUGUGGCUGUGUUUGCCUGUGUGGCUGCCACAUUGUCCUGGGACUACGAUAUGAGCCUCAUGGGUCUGGGAGGUGGAGCUGGCUUAAUGCCAGGUUAUGGCGGCUCUUAUGGUGGCUCUUAUGGCGGCUCUUAUGGUGGCAGCUCAUAUGGAGGCGGCUCUGGCAUUGGCGGAUCUUAUGGCUAUGGAGAAACACAAAUGGAUCCCAAAGCUGGCAAAGCCUUCAUCAUCGCCAUCUCUGGCAUUACCUUCAUAGCUGUGCUCAUCAUAUUUGUGUUGGUUGUUUCGAGGCAAACUACUGCCCGCUCAUCAAAGUUCUACCUAGCAACCAUCAUCAUCUGUGCCAUUUUGGCAUUUCUGAUGAUCAUCGCCACUAUUGUCUACCUGGUGGCAGUGAACCCAACAGCCCAGUCCACGGGGUCUGUCUACUACAGCCAGAUCAUCCAACUGUGUGCCCAGUACCAGAACCAGAACCAGGCCCAGGGCAUCUUCCUCAACCAGUACCUCUACCAUUACUGUGUGGUGGAUCCUGAAGAGGCCAUAGCUAUCGUCCUCAGCUUCCUGGUGUUUAUUGCCCUCAUUAUCCUGCUGGUGUUUGCAGUCAAGACUCGCUCUGCGAUCAGGCGCUGGGGCCGGGAUCGCAUUCUCUGGGAGCAAGUGCCGGCAGUCAAUAAUGGUCUACACAACAGUGUCGGGGAGUGGGUAAAAAACGUGUCUGGUGAUCCAGAGGUGCUGGUGAAUGACCACAAUCCCAAAGUCAGGGGGUCAAGAGAGUAUCUGGACGAGCUGGAUCACAACAAGCCUCUUUACCUCCCAGGAGACUCAGACAUCAGCAGUUCGGUGGGAGUCCUAAAGCCCAGGCUGAAGGACUAUGACACUGGUGUGGAGUCUGGAAACGACCUGGAGGAGGAGGACUUCUCUGUUUUGUUUCCUUCCAUUGUGGAUGAGCAAGAGCGUCUGAUCUACAAACAGGAAUUUGACCGGGAUCACCAGGAAUACAAGAGCCUGCAGGCUGAGCUGGACAGCAUAAACCAGGACCUGGCUGGCCUGGACAGAGAGCUGCACCAACACCCUGAGGGCAGUCCACAGUUCCUGGAUGCCAUGCAUGAAUACACCAGACUGAAGAAUCUUAAGAAGUCCCCAGACUACCAGAUUAAGAAGAAGAGGUGUAAAUAUCUGAGGUCCAAACUGUCACACAUCAAGAGAAAGAUCAGUGAAUAUGACCGCCGGCCUUAAACCUUCGCCUCUGACCGCCUUAUGCAGGGAACAAAUGCAGAGACAAAUUAGCAACGC